AUAUCUAGCAUAAAUAAGGCUUUUCCUCUCCAGGUCAACUUCCAUUCAUUCCAACUCAGAUCUUUCAACAGACUCAGCUAUCAAUCCCCUAAUCGAACAAACUCAUUUCACAAUGCAUCCUACAAUUCUUCUCGCGGCUCUGGUCGCCUUCGUUCCUGCUGCAUUCUCCGAGGAACUCAAUGCAGAUGAUGUACCUACUGCUUGCAAGACAAUCUGCCAGCCCAUCGUCAACCUCACCAACGCCUGCGACAUUGACCCCAAGGGUCCCGAGAAGCACAGCGACAGAAGACGAGACCUUGUUAUUCUUGAUCAUGAAGACGAAGAUGAGCCCAUCGAAGCGGCUUGUAUCUGUACGAAUAAGAGCUUCGAUGUCGAGGGCGUGAUGGGACUAUGCGCGAGCUGCAUGGCGCAGAACAGCAAGGACACAGAAGACAUUGAUAAAAUCAUGUCGCAAUGCUCCUUUUCAUCAACCUCUUAUGUGCGCGCAGCGACGAGUGUAGUCUCGGGCAUCGAGGUUAAGGCUACCAAACCGGCUGCAACAGUAACUCCUGUAGCUACAACCAGGGCUGCCGCGGCUACAGCGACCGAAACGGUUGGAAACAGCGCUGGGAAGGUCACGGGUUCUAUUAUGGCGGUAACUUGGGUUACUUUGAUGUUAUUGUCUAUCCUGUAGAUUUGCAGACUCUCUUUACCUCGAAAUCCAGCGUCAGACACC